ACUUGACUGCAAUAUAACCGGGGAUGAACGACCCACUUUAUUCUUAAAAGAAAACCUACUAAGCUAGAUGGUUAAAACUUUUACGUAGAUUGUUUUCGAUAUAAAAAAAAAUCAAAUUUAAUCCUAGUUGAUCAUUGGAGAUGACUCCUUUAGGAACUGUACUUCUCAUUGCGGGUUUUUCAAAAGUCUUGUGUAUUUGUGAUCGCAACAACGGUCCAGUCGGCGAACCAGAAUGUGUUCGAUUGAACGGUUACAUUGGGAAGCAAUGGGCAACUUGUUUAACAGAUGAUUAUAUACAGUCUAAUUCAUUUGGAACCAUAAAGUGUGAGGAUAGAGAGACCAAAUAUUGUUAUUACCAGUGUAUGGUGGAGUUGCACGGAAUGAAUGAUGGAAUAGUUAGGCAGGACUGUAGCUGUAAUGAGUUUACCCAGCACAACAUCUCGAUACAAACUGAUUUGCCUUCCUGGUGUCUGAGUCCAUCCCUUGAUGAUUGUAGAUGGAUUAGGGAAUGUCUACAGAAACGUUACAGAUGCACUGGAUAUUUAGGGAAAUCAGAUGCAAUGGAAUUUACACAAAAGGUAUGCCAAGCAUAUUCAUUCCACUACCAACGGUUCUCACUGGAAGGGGGGAAAUGGUUGAAUGGCGUUAGAAAAUGUCUACAAUCAAAACUUGUUCCAUUUCUUCGACCAUGGAUGAAAUCAACAUGCAACACGAUAACCUUACGAGCGCUGAGGUCUCAGUAUCAAUGCCUUAACGUUCCUGGCAUAGGACUGCCAUCGAUAUGCAAUAUAACCAGUGAAGAUCGGUGGUCUUUGUUUUGGACUCUACACGAAAUAAUUGAAGACAAUGCAAUAAAUCACUACAGUUUAUUUAAUUUGUUAACUGCAAUUUUAUCUUGUGAAAAGCAUAUGUACAAACCGGAUACAUUAGAACUUAUGAAAUAUCAGGUCAACCAAAAACGAUUUCUUUCCGACAAGUUUGAACCAACAGUAUCUGAUAAAUACGAUAUUUCAAAAAAAGUAACGAAAUUUAUUUCUGGGGAAAUGAAAUGGCAGGAGACUGGGAUAUCUUGUUAUGCCUUUGUUGAAGGGCUUCCGGUUCAAACGAUGACGAACAAUGUGAUAUGGAACGUCAGUAUAAUAAUAACUUCAAAAUCUAAAUAUGACUUAAAUGACAAAAAAUCUGUUCCCCAAAACAUAUCAGAUGAGGUAAGACAAAUUUUAGAGCGCAUUCAGAGGAAAGAUAUACCAAACACUACCAAUAGACUGACAUUUGAGUAUUUCUAUGUCUGCGAGUCAUUUAACUGUUCGCAACCGUUGAAAAGUGAACAGAUUUAUAACCAGAAGACAUCUGCAGAAUCAAUAGCGACAGCAGUUACCUACCUGGCUUAUGUUGGAGGCAUUGUAAUCCUGAUCAUUAUUGCUGGAGUUGCAAUCAAGAGGUUUAAAAAAAAUAGACUUUCACAGAAUCGAAAUCAAACAAACUUCAUUGUAAUUACAAGAGUAAAAAUUUGACAUUCAGUAAUAUUGUGUAGAUGUUUCCAUAGCUACAAUAUACCGUAUAUAGGUUAGUUUCGCGGGUGUAACAUUACUCGAUUUUCAUUGAACAAGGUAUACGAAAUAUUUUGGCGGAUUAAAACUUUUGUAUGUACACCUUUAAUUUAACGGAAUUUAUUUUGGCGAUUUUGUUCUAUCCGCGAAAAUAAGCGAAAAUUUGCAACUAGCGAAAAUAACCCGCUAUACAGUAUUCCAUGAAAACUUUCAGGAUUAUUGGUUAUGGGGAACGAGGAAUUGACCGCUUUGUAAAAUAUUGAGAGAGCUGUCCUUGUGAUGAAAACGUUCCCUUUUUCACAUAUGUUAAGGCUAAAAAAUACGCUAUUUAUUUAAGCAAAUUUAUUAUUAAUUUUUUUUCGCGAACUUAUUCCAUCUUCGUUUCUAAAUGAAAUUUUAAAUAUUCCCUUUAUAUGAUAAUUAACAAGUAUAAGGCAGACACACUUAAAGUGUAAAGCGGAAUGUUUCAAAUAAUAUCUGGUGAUGUAAGUUUUAUAUAGACAUUUAUUUUUCUUUUCGUUUGAGAUUUCUUCAUAUUUCUGUUGCGAACUAUUUCGGUUUUCGGACUUUAUAUACUGUUUUACGCACCCUUUUCAUUUCAUCGAGAUUUCACACACCAAACUUGUUCGACAACUUUACAGGAGGUACUGUUUGGAGUGUACCUCCUGUCAUAGUAGUUUUUGUUGUUUCUUUAUAUAGAAUGACAAAUAAUUUAUGUUCGGACGAGCAUAGCGAGGUAGAACAUAAGGCAUUUCUAUAACAACCAUAGUGAAAUCAUUGCUUUAAGGAAGUCAUGACUUUGCUAAUGUAAGGUCACACAAUUGUAUCAUAUAGGACGAUCCAACAUAAUGUAAAGGCUUUUCUUAUCAUUCAAAUAAAGACAUAUGUCCUCGUUA